CGCCCAGGCAGCGCCACGUCUCGGGCUGGAGCCGAGCGCCCGGCGGCAGCUCCAGAGAACCCGGCUCCUUGGUGAUCCGUAUCUGGCUGUGAGCUGCUUUCAUGACCUCCUGGAAUUAUUCUGCUGCCUGCUGCAAGCCGACAAUGCAAAGCUCAGACCUGAGCUCCUGUCUAACAUCUUGCUGCUGCUGUUGCUAAUGGAGAGAAACAGGACUUGGUAGCUCAUUUGGAGACAAAUUAUUUAGAGUAUCUUUCCUGGGACCUGGCUUGUUUUUACCAUGGACUCUUCACCUGUCCAGCAGGAUGUUCUGCUGGAGAACAGAAGUGGCCAAGGGGCCCCUAGCAAGACCGAAGAACUUCUGGGUCAUAAGGCUGAGUCAGAUCUGCCAGUUACAAGAGAUGAAAUUAACACUACCAGUAUUAAUGUCAACAAAGUGCCAAAUGAAGAGGGAAGCCUGGAGAUCAACAACAAAGGCGAAGCCUGUCAGAAUGGGCCAGAGUCGCUCUUCCCCGACUCUCCUUUAUCUUUCGAUCCCACCAGCAGUCUGCAGGGUCAAGAGUCAUCCCCAGGUGUGGCUGCUUUCCGUGGCAACAUAAGGAAGUCUCAGGGRACUAGUGCUGAGGGCAUAGUUCUUAGAAAAGAAGCUUUGCAGUCUCUCAAACUAAGUCUUCCMAUGCAAGAAACUGAAUUGUGCUCAGCAGAGUCUUCACUCCCUUUGGAGAAAGAAGAACAAAUACGACUUCAAGCAAGACGUAGGCUAGAAGAACAGCUCAAACAAUAUAGAGURAAGAGACAUCAAGAAAGAUCUAGWCAGUCCAAAACCAAAAACCGGCCCUCCAGCACGUUGGAUCCCGAGCUGAUGUUAAAUCCAGAGAUCUUACCGAGAGCUAGCACUGUAGCAAUGACUAAAGAAUACUCCUUUCUACGGACCAGUGUCCCCCGGGGGCCGAAACUGGGUAGCUUGGGACURCCAUCAUCCUCAAAAGAGAGAAGAAGUUCAAAAUCUAAAUCCAGUAAGAUUCGGUCCUUGGCUGAUUACAGAACCGAAGAUUUGGACACUACAAAUGCUACAAGGAAUUUGGUGGCUGCUGAUUUAUCUGGUGGGACUCUGAAGCAAAACAGAAGUGGUCCAACCUCAGUUGUUUCUGAGAUUAGUCAACCCUCUGAUAUAGAUGAUCGAAUAGAGAAUUCCUCUUUAGCAGGAGAUAGUAUUUCAGAGAUUGAUGGGAGUGAAGUGGGAAUGAGGCUGGAUGGAAAUGAGAGCGACAGCUCUACCUAUAGCAGUGUGUCAGGAAAAGGGCUGUACAGCAGAUUACAGAAUGCAGAAGACAAACAGGGUAUUCCAUAUACAAUAAAUGGUCAGAAGAUACAUCCUGAUGCGAUGGGGCAAUUUCCUUCCRUCAGUGAGGUGCUCCAGGCUGCGGCAGUGGAGCACCAGGCCCAAGAGCAAGGAGUUAAUGGAGAAGUACGGAGUAGAAGAGAGAGUAUUUCCAGCAGUGUAUCUAUGGAAAGCUCUAUCGCAGGAACCCACGAUGAAGUGUUGCAGGUCUUAAAGGAGAAGAUGAGACUUGAAGGGCAGCUAGAAGCACUCUCACUGGAAGCUAAUCAGGCUCUCAAAGAGAAGACUGAGCUCCAGGCACAACUUGCAGCUUUGAACAUGAAGCUUCAGGCGCAGGUGGAAUACAGCCAAAACAGCCAAGAGAAGCAGGAAUCUCUGAGCUCAGAAGUGGCCACGCUAAAGCAGUCGUGCUGGGAUCUGGAACGAGCAAUGGCUGAGCUGCAAAACGCCUUGGAAGCCAAGAAUGCCAGUUUAGCAGCUUCCAAUAAUGAUUUGCAGUUGGCAGAGGAGCAGUACCAAAGACUAAUGUUGAAGGUUGAAGAUAUGCAAAAGAAUGUCCUCACUAGAGAUAGCACAGUUCAGGAUUUGCGACAGCAGUUGACUUCCUUACAGAGCCAGCUUCAGAAGGUGCAGUUAGAACGGACUACGCUGACCAAUAAGCUGAAGGUGUCCGAAACAGAAAUCGCAUCACUCCAAAACGUGCGGCAGUGGUACCAGCAGCAGCUGGUACUAGCACAGGAGGCCCGUGUCAGGCUGCAGAGCGAGAUGGCCAAUAUACAGGCUGGCCAAAUGACCCAAGCAGGGAUGUUGGAACACCUCAAGCUGGAGAAUGUGACAUUGUCCCAGCAAUUGACUGAGACUCAGCACAGAUCUAUCAAAGAAAAAGAACGUAUUGCAGCACAACUGCAAAACAUUGAGGCUGACAUGUUAGAUCAGGAAGCUGCAUUCAUGCAGAUCCAGGAAGCCAAAACCAUGGUGGAAGAAGAUCUGCAGAGAAAAUUAGAAGAGUUUGAGGAUGAGAAAGAACAGCUUCAGAAAAUGGCUGAUUCUGCAGCAACACUGGAGCAAGAAUUGGAUCAGGUCAAAUUGACCUUGCAUCAGCGAGAUCUGCAGCUUGAAUCUUUACAGCAAGAACAUCUAGAUCUAAUGAAGCAAUUCACCCUUGCCCAAGAGACGUUGCACACCAAAGAGCAGUCGCUGGAUGACUUGCAGACACAGUACGAUGAACUGAAGGCCAAGUUAGAAGAGCUCCAAAGCGAUGCUWCAUCUAAAGAUGACAUGAUCCAGUAUUUGCAGAAUGAGAAAAUUGUCCUGGAAGUAGCUCUGCAGACGGCAAAAGCAAACAAAGAGCAACUUGAUGAAGAAGCAAAAUGCCUUGGAGAAAAUACAGAAGUAGCAUCAGAAAUCUUAGAGCAACUGAGGCAAGAAAUAGCAAUAAAGUCAAGCCAGGUAGAAAAUCUACAACAAGAAAAUUCCAGYCUUAAGAAACAGGUUCAAAAAGUAAAGGAGCAGUUCCUGCAGCAGAAGGUAAUGGUUGAAGCUUAUAGAAGAGAUGCAAGUUCUAAGGAUCAGUUAAUUAGCGAACUGAAGGCUACAAAGAAGCGACUGGACUCCGAAAUGAAAGAGCUGAAACGAGAACUACUCAAGCUUCAAGUUGAAAAACAAUCGCUUGAAUCUGAACAUUCAAAACUACAGAAGGAAGUGUCUCAGGUUCGACAGCAGAUGAUGGAAAUUGAGGAUCAUCUUCAGUCUGUGCAGAAAGAACGUGACGAUAUGGAGAAACGCCUGCAGUCGUUGCAGUUUGAUAAGGAACAAAUGGCAUCUCUUACUGAGGCAAAUCAAGCGUUGAAACUACAAGUAGAACAAAUGCAAGAAGAAGCCAAGAAGGCCAUUACUGAACAGAAGCAGAAAAUGAAGCGUCUGGGGUCAGAUCUAACAAGUGCUCAGAAAGAGAUGAAGGCAAAACACAAAGCUUACGAGAACGCGGUCGGCAUCCUUAGUCGUCGGCUGCAAGAAACCCUUAGUGCCAAAGAAUCUGCUGAAGCAGAGCUGAGCAAGCUAAAAGCACAAAUCACUGAUGGUGGAAACAACCAGAUUGCCCAAGAAAAGAUUCAAGCUCUGGAGACAGAACUACAAGCUGUUAGCAGCAGUAAGUUGAUGCUGGAAAAAGAGCUGCAAGAAGUGAUUUCACUAACCAGCCAGGAGCUGGAGGAGUACCGAGAGAAAGUGCUGGAACUUGAGGAUGAGCUUCAGGAAUCUAGAGGUUUUAGGAGGAAGAUAAAACGUUUAGAAGAAAUUAAUAAGAAGCUGUCCCUUGAACUGGAACAUGAACGAGGAAAGCUUACAGGUCUUAGCCAGUCCAACGCCGCUUUGCGGGAGCACAACAAUAUCCUUGAAACAGCCUUAGCAAAAAGAGAAGCAGACUUGGUACAGCUGAACCUCCAGGUUCAGGCAGUUCUGAAGCGGAAAGAGGAAGAAGAUCAACAAAUGAAACAGCUUAUUCAAGCUUUGCAGGAUUCACUGGAGAAAGAAAAGUCCAAGGUUAAAGACCUUAAGGAACAGGUUGCAGCAGCUAAAGCGGAUGCAGCRCAUAACCGUCGUCAUUACAGAGCUGCUGCUCUGGAGCUCAAUGAAAUAAAGAAAGAGCUACAUGCCAAAGAACUGCUUGUCCAAGCCCUUCAGGCUGAAGUGGACAAACUGCAGGUAGAGGAUGAGAAACAUUCCCAGGAAGUAUCACAGUUUCAGCAAGAGUUGGCAGAAGCCAGGUCUCAACUCCAACUUCUGCAGAAGAGCCUGGAUGAGAAGCUUAGUGAACAGCCAGGAGUAAAUCAAGAGGUGGAAGAUCUCAAGUGGGAAGUAGAACAAAAAGAAAGAGAAAUUGAAACACUUAAGCAGCAGUUGGAUAUGAGUGAACAGCGYAGUCAUAAGGAGCUGGAAGGGAUACAAAUUGUCCUGCAGAAUAUCAAGACUGAAUUGGAAAUGGUGAGAGAAGACCUGUCAGUAACUCAGAAGGACAAGUUUAUCCUCCAGGCUAAAGUGAGUGAACUGAAGAACAGUAUGAAGUCCUUACUGCAGCAGAACCAACAACUGAAGUUGGACCUGAAGCAUGGCAAGAUGAAGAAGAGGAAGGAACUGAAGGGAGAGAAUAACUCUUCAAAUCCUGUGACUCCAGUCAAAAUUCCAGAUUGUCCUGUCCCUGCUGCCUUGCUGGAAGAACUGUUAAAACCAGCGUCAGCUAUGAGCAAGGAGCCUUUAAAAAAUCUGAACAGCUGUCUCCAGCAAUUAAAGCAAGAAAUGGACAGCCUUCAGCGUCAGAUGGAGGAACACACCAUUACAGUACACGAAUCAAUGUCUUCAUGGACUCAGAUUGAGGGGCAGCUCAUGGAUGUUACCUCUACCAGUCCUGCAGCUGCAUCAGACCAGCAGGAGAUUCCUGCUGUAGAUGAAAAGAAGCAGAAUUGUGACACUAGUGACAAGGAAGCUUUGAAACAAUAACCUCCUCAGCAAUUGUUUGUCUUCCUAUUGCUUUAAGUGUGUAAACAAAUCUUUAUCAAAGUUAUUUAUUUAUUCCAUUUUAAAAUGGUGUUCAAAGUUCUGCUUUUGCCUUUAGAAGCAAAGGGCACAGUUUUGAGAAACUGGCGAAACAUUAAUUGCAGAACAUGCUAUUCUAAGUGUUYGUUUGAAACCUUUCCAUAUUUUGAAAUAUUGACAUGUAGGCGACAUUUGGUAAAUUUGACUCAUUUUAUGAUUAUCGUAAGAUUCAGAAGAGGGUUUAAAAUGAGAAUAAAAAGAGCACCUGAUCCUGAGACUGCAUUUGUGCAGUCUCAGUGUGAUAAAUUAAGUAAUUUCAGGGGGUGUGAGGGUGGUGUCUUUGCUUUUUGGUCCCCAUAGUUUUUCACUGCUUUGGAUUGUAUCCAAAAAUAAUCCUGUUUAUGUUCAGCCAUUAGCAAUUAAGAACUGGCUAUAUUUAUGCAAGCACCCCCAGUGCCCACUUCCUGCUUCCCCUUCUCUCGUGAAUUUCAGAUCACAGAUUUUUUUAAAGUUGUUGUUAUUUUUUUUUUUAAGUUUUGAUUUGAAGCCAUCUCUAGUUAUGAYGAUGACUUUUGGCCGCAUGAUAAAAGAACAGAUUGCAAAGGCAAGCAAUGGAGACCAGUAACUAUCUUUGGCAGAAGUGCCCAAGAUGUUUUCUGAAGCGUCACAGUUUUUCUCUUGCAGUUGCAGGCCAGUAGGGAGCUUUGCUUCACUGCACAUAAAAACACUUUUUGCACCUUUUUUAUUUCAACUUUUGAAGUAGACAUCCUUGAUAAAGGUAUGUGUGUAAUAUAUAUAAGAAAAAAACUUAAU